AUGUCAUUGAUAUCAGUAGGAUCGCGUGCAAAUUUCGUUGUCUUGUUUUGUGGACGUCAGUCAAAGGGUAUUCUAUUGCUGAUACGUGGUUGGAUACGUGGUCUUAGGCGUGGUCCUAUUCGAGGUCCUAUUCGUGGUCCUGGUCGUCGUCCUAGUCGUGGUCCUAUUCGCGGUCGCAGUCGUGGUCAUAGUCAUGGUCCUAGUCGUUGUCCUGGUCGUGGUCCUAGUCGUCGUCCUAGUCGUCGUCCUAGUCGUGGUCCUAGUCGUGUUCCUAGGCGUGGUCGUAGUCGUGGUCCUAGUCGUGGUCCUUGUCGUGGUCCUAGUCGUGUUCCUAGGCGUGGUCGUAGUCGUGGUCCUAUUCGUGAUCCUAUUCGUUGUCCUAGUCGUGGUCCUAGUAGUAGUGGUAGUUGUUGUAGUAUUAGUAGUAGUAGUAGUGUGGUGAGUGCCUCUUGUAAUCCGAUAUAA